AUGUCUUCAAGGUCGAAAAAGAUAAUGGAAUUGAUUAAUUUUACAACUGAACCUGCUCAUGAUACAAAAGCUCAAAUUCAAGAUCCCAUUCUGAACCCAGACCCUAGUCAAUCUCCUAUAGAUGAAGAUAGUUCAGUUCAGAAUGAUGUAGUUGAUGUCGCGAUGUUACGUGAUAUUACUAAUAAACUUGAAAACCAGCGUUAUUACAAUGCUACGGACUUUUUUGUUAACUACAAUGUUUCACCUGUACAUUCUGGUGAAAUAAGUGCAGAUAUCAGCGACAAUGACGAUCCAACCUAUGAUAGUCAAAUAAAAAAAAAGAAAAUAGAACCAGUACAUCCUUCAUCACGUCGAUCAACAUCUAGCUCCAGCAGAUCCUCAUCCUCCAGUUUAAGCAGCUCCGGCAGUUCCAGCAGUUCCUCAUCUUCAUCUUCUGAUGAUGAUACUGUGGUACAACCUUCUACUUUCGAUCACGUGGAUGAUAAUACUAUCAAUAACACAGAUACUACAGCUAAUGGACAGUCAACAAACGGACAAGAAACAAGUAAAAUUGAAAACUCUGAAAUGAACGAACUCAACAUAGAAGAAGAAAUAGAGAUUAUUAAGAAGAAAGGUAGAAAGCGCACAAGUAAUCCUCAAAAAUGGAAACAAAACUUAAAUAAAAUUCUAAGAAAUUCUGGACGAUCUUAUGAGACUACGAAAAAGAAAACUGUUGCGGCUCGUGAAGUGAAACCACCUUGUACAGACAAGUGCAGGCUUAAAUGUUAUGAAAAGUUUACAUCUCUUCAAAGACAGGCUAUUUUUGAUACCUAUUGGAAUAUUGGUGAACUCAAUCUGCAGCGAUCGUUUAUUCAGUCUUGUAUGUCCGAUGUUACUCCUAGGUAUAAAUAUACAAACGCCAUGCGCCCGAGGCAAGCUAAUAAAGCUUUUCAUUUUAUAGUAAAUGGUAGACCAAUCCGGGUUUGUAAACCAUUUUUUGUUGGUACGCUGAAUAUAUCCGAUCGUGUUAUUCGUACAGUAAUCCAAAAGUGUCAAAACCAUGGAGUUUUGCAAAAUGAUCGAAGAGGUAAACACGACAACCACACCACUACUGAUGAAACACUGAUUUCAGACAUUAAAACUUUUAUAGACUCAAUACCAAGGGUUCCGUCACACUACACAAGGCAAACAUCUACUCGCGAAUACAUAGACGGGGGCAAAACUAUUACAGAUCUCUUCAAUGACUUCAAGGUAGCGCAAGAGAAGAACAGUAAGCCCUAUAAAUGUUGCUUACGGCAACCUAAUUCCAAAGAAGUAGUCAAAUGUCAUGAUUGUAAAAAAAAAUAUCAUUAUGCAUGUAUAACUACCGCUAAAACUUUGUUUAAUGAGUUAUCUGAUGAAUACAAAAGCAACUGGCUCUGUCCUGCGUGCUCCAGACCUAAAACAGAUAACACCAACACACCGGUCAGAAAUGUUUCUUGCCAAAGCAAUGAUAAAAAGAUCGACAAUUUACAAGUUGUCACUAAUAUAACAACUGAGAAACAACACAAGAAUGAUAUACUGAGUAGUGAAUCAUUAGCGGAAAUCAGAAAUAUGAUGAGACAGGAGUUAACGGCUGUUUUAGAUGCCUUCAAAACUAAUAUUAUAAACCAAAUAGAUGAUAAAUUAAAGAUAGUUCUAGAUAAUAUGUCCUCAAUCAACACGUCAAUUGGAUUUCUUGAAGAAAAGUACGAGAACGUUAAGCUUGAAUUGAAUAAUAAAAUAGAAAAGAUACACAAUCUAGAACAUGAAAAUAAAACACUACGUACCUCAGUAACAGAUCUCCAAUCGAGAUUAUCCCUACUUGAACAGCAGUCCCGAGCAUGCAACAUC